ACUUUUCACAAGCCAGCGGGAGCCACUAAAACUAUCUCCAAUUCUCCGGCUAACACCCUCAGGCCUUAGCAAGUCUCGAGUCGUCUCUCUCCAUCCGACCAAAACACCCUUCUCCUCCGACCUCCGGCGCCGCCUUCUUUUCUCCCAGCUCGAUUUUCAUCCAAUCCAAUACCUAUCUGAAGGCCGCGCAGCAGCUACUACGUCAGCGUCCCGCCUAUCGGUUGCGUUGUUUUAACCCUAGCAUUUUUUUCCUUCAAGAAAGUAGAAUCCGUAAUAGCCUUCGAUUGGCCAACGGGGUCGUCGUGGUAGCUCUUCCACCAUAAACCGGCCCCUCCAGUUCUCAAUCUGUUUUGGAAUAGAGAUUUAUUUGAUCGACGCCGCCGAUUCUGUUAUCAACAGGUCAUUGUGAUCUUUUGCUUCAAAGUUCAGUCAAAUUGAGCUGCAACCUUUUUGUUUCUCUUAUUUACCUUUGCUUGGGUUUAGCAGGUGGCGUAUCUGAAGGUAUUCGCAAGUUCUGGGGGCAGUAAAGGUCUGUACUUUGGCCAGUAUACUUUGUUGCUCCUCAAAUUUUGGCUGCUUUUUGUUUUGUUCAAUAUAUAUGAGAUUCCAGCUUUUUCCUUAGAGUUGAUUUUCAGUCUCUUACCCACCAUUGCUUCCAUGUGAUAAGGUGCCUAGCUAUCAGCUGCUUAUUCAGUCUUGCGGUUACUGAAGAGUUGUCUCCACAUUGGUGACUUAUGGGUCCUUUGCCUGAUAACACUGCCGAUGGAUCAGUGACCAACAUGGAGCAGUUUCUUUGCGAACGAUUAGUUGACCCCUCCCAGCCAAUAUCUGAAAGGUUCAGGGUCCUCUUUUCGCUUCGUAACCUCAAAGGCCCAGGACCUCGGGCUGCUCUUAUUCGAGCAACAAGGGACUCCUCUAAUUUGUUGGCACACGAGGCUGCAUUUGCAUUAGGCCAAAUGCAGGACUCUGAGGCUAUCCCAGCUCUGGAAGCAGUUCUAAAUGAUCUCUCUUUGCACCCAAUUGUUCGCCAUGAGGCUGCAGAAGCCCUUGGUGCAAUUGGGUUGGAGAGUAAUAUACCACUUCUGAAGAGAAGUUUGGUUGUAGAUCCGGCUCAGGAGGUCAGAGAAACUUGUGAACUGGCUCUCAACAGAAUUCAGGAGAUGAAUGCUGCAAAUCGUGGUGAUCAAUCAGCCGUAAUGGAUAAGUCCCCCUUUUUGUCAGUUGAUCCAGCUGCACCAGCAUUCUCUUGUUCUUCUGUCAAUGAGCUCAGGGAAGUUCUUCUUGACGAGGAAAAAGCUAUGUAUGAACGAUAUGGGGCUCUUUUUGCACUCCGUAACCAUGGCGGGGAUGAAGCCGUUUCUGCUAUAAUAGAUUCAUUACAGUCCAAGAAUGCCCUGCUUAAGCACGAGGUUGCCUAUGUUUUGGGCCAGUUACAAAACAAAGCUACUUCAGCUGCACUUAGCGCCGUACUUAGUGAUGAAAACGAACAUCCAAUGGUUAGGCACGAAGCUGCUGAAGCUCUUGGUUCGAUUGCUGAUGGUAAAAGCAUUGCUCUUCUGGAGGAAUUCUCAAAGGACCCUGAGCCUAUUGUCUCACAGAGCUGUGAAGUCGCCCUAAGCAUGCUGGAAUACGAAAGAUCAGGAAAAUCUUUCGAGUACCUCUUCAUGCGAGAUCCACUAGCACAGGCUUAAACUAGUCAUGACUCUUCCUGCAAAUUUUCAAAUCUGCUAAACCUCAAAACAGUUGGUAGUCCUUGAUUGAAGCAGUCGAUAGCUUUCAGUACACAACAGCAUCUAUCUUCUCUUGUCGAGAUCAUAUGUUGCUUUAAGUUUGAUAUGAACAGUCAAUAUAGUGAACUCAUUAACUUAUCUAAGCUUUACAAAAUCUUUAAUACAAGCUAGGAUUGGAAGAAUCAGAUCCGAGAAGGCCCUAAUUUUUUUUUCUUUCUGUUUGCUGUUCUUACUGUUCGUUUCGCUCUACCCUUAAACACCAACUAUAAGAUUUUUGCCUGGAUGGAUGAGCUUUUCCAUGGCUGGAUGAGUGAACUGAAAAGAGAAGGGCCAAGUGACCGAUUGCGCAAAGUCUAAUUAUUUUAUCAACAAUAUUGUAUUUGAUUAGCACUCUGGUCUCUAACGUUUCUUUGUUGGAAGUGUUUUUGUUCGAGUCUCCUGUACCAUACCAGAAUUAGUGACCUAAAUAACAAGGGUGGAACCUA